AUGACCUCACCAGCGGUCUCCCCUUCCGGACCACAGUCCGAAUCCCUUCCCCAAGUCGCCGAAACGCUCAAACACCCGGCCUUUGCCGGCACGAUAUGGAAGCUUGAGCCACACUCCAAGGGGCGCUGCCCCGUAGCCAAGGGCCGCGGUGGCCCUCUCCAGAUCGCCUACGAGCUUCACGGAGACGGCCCCAUCAGAGUCGCGUUCAUCAUGGGCCUCGCCGGCGUAAAAACCUCCUGGCAGCAACAAACAAAGUACUUUGGCCACGACCUAGGCGACAAGUACACCGUCCUCAUCCUCGACAACCGCGGCAUAGGCCAGUCCGACAAGCCCUGGCGCCGCUACACCACCUCCGCCAUGGCCCUCGACGCCAUCGAGGUCCUCGAGCACGUCGGCUGGCUUGACCCGCCCUACUCCUCCUCCUCCACUUCCUCCGCCCCCGCUGACUCUUCACCCGCCGCCGCCGCCGCCACCGCCUCCCGCGCCUUCCACCUCGUCGGCAUCUCCAUGGGCGGCAUGAUCUCCCAAGAAAUCGCCUACCGCAUCCCCACCCGCCUCGCCAGCCUCUCCCUCAUCUGCACCGCCGCCGUCGUCGAAAACACAAAAAGCUGCACCCCGCGCUGCGGCCGCGCCUCCACCCCGGCCCAGGACGGCGCCUACCUGCCCUUCGACUCUAAUUUCCAGCGCUUCCAGGCCCAGGAGCUCGUCAAGAAGCUCAACCCCGCCACCUACACCGCCUGGGGCUUCGCCCUCCAGCUCGGCGCCGCCAUGGUCCACAACAAGUCCCAGGCCCAGCUCUCUGAGAUCGCCGACAAGCUCGGCCGCGAGCGCAUCCUCAUCAUCCACGGCGAUGCCGACGAGAUGAUUGACGUCUCCCUCGGCAAGAAGCUCAUCGACAUGGUCAAGCCAGGGACAUCCCAGAUCAUUCCGGGUAUGGGCCAUGCUCCCAUCAUGGAUAGGGGCCCGUGGCUCAACGAAUUGCUAGAGACGCACAUCGCGGCUGGUGAAAAGAUCAAGGAGAGUCAAGGAUAA